AUGUCUGGAAAUGAUCAUGCUGAUAAUACCCAACAAGCCUUCUCAUCUGAUACUGGACCUGCCCUUCAUUUUGCCCUUCCUGCUCUCGAGGGUCUUCAUAAGGCCUGGACCUCUCGCUCGAAUAGCUCAAAAUAUGCUCCCUUUCACACUGCAUUAACAGCUGCUACUGAGAAGAUCCAAGAGUACUACGAGAAGUCUGCAGAAUGUGAUGCCUAUAUUAUUAGCAUGUUACUUGAUCCCAAUCACAAAGAUAGCCAUUUCAAGCGUUUCUGGGGCAAGAAUUUGCACAAGGAGGUUCUUGAAGUGACAAACAAAAUUGUAUAUCCAGACAUAUGGUAA